AUGGAUGACCGCAACCGUUUAAAUACCGAUGCUGAAGAUGAAGUGCAGGGGGAGGCCGAUGAAUCCAACACCACUGCUACCCUAGAAGAAACUAAGGAAGUCCCUAGGGCUUCUCGAGAGUACCACGAUACAACCACCUUACCAUUUCCGGAAUGGAGAAGGUGGCCGGUGGCCGAUGAGCAAUUUGGCAAGUUCGUCGCGGUUCCCACGUACGCCAAGUAUCUUAAGGAUAUCCUUGGAAACAAGAGGUGCCUGCCGACCACCGAGGGCGUGCAGCUUACGGAGGAGUGUAGCGUAGCUAUACUUGAUCCUUUCCCGGAGAAAAAGAAGGACCCAAGAUGCCCCACCAUCACAUGUUCAAUCGGAGCUCAACACUUUAAGCACGCUCUUUAUGAUCUGGGGGCAAGCGUCAGCGUCAUGCCAAAGGUAGUUUAUGAUAAACUUAACCAUCAUACGCUUGCUCCUACUACCAUGUGCUUGAAGCUAGCGGACAAAUCAGUUCGUUACCUCGUGGGAAUCGUCGAGAAUAUUCCGGUGCAAAUAUGGAAUUUCUUCAUCCCUGUUGAUUUUGUUGUUCUUCACAUGGAAGUCGACACCAAGACCCCUCUCAUAUUGGGAAGGCCGUUCUUGAGCAUGGCAUACACACAUUGA